AAUCAAUUGUAACUUCAACAAAUAAACUCUUCGACUUAUAUUAUUCGUGAUUCCAAUCCACUCUCUCUUUAAUUUCUAUUGAAUUUAUUCGUCCUCUGAUUUAUGUCCUCUGAUUUAUCAAUAUUCUAAGUUUGUCUAGGGAGAAUGUAUCCAUUUUAGGGUUGACUUCGUAUUUCGUAACUCGUAUCUUGCACUUGCAGCCGCCCUAUCAUCGAAACGCCCCCCUUGUUAGAGGGGGAUUGUCGCCAACGUACCUACUUUUAUACUGGUGCCUGCAGCCUAUCUGCUACUUAGCUUACUUCUAUAGUCGCCAAUCAAGUGUAAAUUCGGCCCAGAACAAGCCAGAAUUCAACGACACCUAGGCAACUUAUUGCAACCACAUCAAGGCUCAACUCACUUCCUUCUCAGGGGCUUUCGCUGUGGGGCCAAAGACCUACAUCUCUAACUAAGCCAGAUUUCAGCGUGCGGCGAGGCAGAUUUCCUCAAGGCAACAAGAUUAAUCUUACAACUCGGGUAGUUGUGAGACCUUGAUUAGUCGACAAGAAAUCAUCGUACAUCUAUUAAGCCUUCAGCGCACCAUUAAACACUCACCUAUUCUAGUAAGACAACUAGAAACUACACGGACAAUGGACUUAAUUCGUCGUGCCCGAGCUCCUAGAACAGCAUCUACCAAGGAAGAGGAAGACACUUCUGUAACUACGCUUCAUCGCCGAAAACCGCUGACUUUCAAGGAUUUACCACCGGAAUUACACCUACUCAUCAGUCAGCAACUCACGUAUCCUGAUGCACUAUCUCUCAAGCACACCAGCAGAUAUUUCUAUUACCUUGUCGACACCGGACUCGAGCUCAAGGUAGAUUGGUUAAUCGAGCGUCGGAGCUUGCAUUUGGAAUGUCCGAAUGACCGACGUUGUGAUCUUGGAAGCGAUCUAAAGUUUUGUAGAGGUAGUAUCAGGCUACUCAUGCAGCGACGCCGUGAACACAUGGAAUGCGAAUCGCGCCCCGGCUUAGGUUGUCUCGUUUAUGGAACGCAGAAAUGCGCACACCAACGGAAACUCAGAGUACGAAUUCAACGUUGGCUACGAGUUCGCUUGACUGUUGAAUUAUGGUGGAUUGUAAUGGCGUUAAUUCCCGUAUUGCUCGGAUGCCUCUGGGUAGUAGACUUGACAAGAUGGCAAGCGACGAGUUGAUUACAACUAGCGCAAUCGUUGCCUUCAGUUUUGAGUCAACUCAAACGAAAGGCACCUACACUAAGACCAGAAACGAUGGCGCCACAAAAGUGAUGAAGAAAAAUAUUCGCAUGAGGUGUUCAAAGAGUCCUAUAAUAUAAGUCCUUCUGAGAAGGGCUAACGAGUGUAUAUUAUUUUGAGAAAUACCCAGGAGGUUAUAGUUCUGAUUCGGAAUAUGAAGGAGUUAACUUCAGCUCGCAAGUUAUGGAAAGGAAAUAGUAUUUACAGUGCGAAAUCGACGGUAUCCCGAAGGAUUGCGCACAUGGUAUUCCCUCUAAUUUCAAGAUCUCACAUAAUCCGCA